AUGGAUGUGAAGGGUAGAAAUGGAGGCAUAGCUCUUUUAUGGAGACAUGAAGAAGAAGCUUCGAAACUGGGGUUUGCCGAUAAUUAUAUAGAUAUGGAAGUGACUGUGGAGGGGCAGCCGAAGUGGAGAUUCACUAGCCUUUAUGGGGAACCAAACCGUAGUAGAAGAAGAGCUACUUGGGACUUAAUUCUUUCUCAUGAUGAUAAGCAGGGUGGUAAUUGGUACCCGGAUUUUUUAAUACAAGGCUUCCAACAAGCUCUUAUUGAUAGUGGUUUACAAGACAUGGAUUUAUGUGGUUAUCAUUUCACUUGGGAAAGGGGGAGGGGAACUGAUAGCUGGAUUGAAGUAAGACUUGAUAGAGGCUUGGUGAACCAAUCUUGGUUGGAUAUUUUUAAUUUAGCAAAGCUCUACAACCUGAAAACUACUAUAUCUGGUCAUUAUCUCAUCUUCAUGGAUUUGUUAACUGACUUAAACUCACAAACGCGCUGGGGGAAGGAAUAUACUGGGAAUUUUAAGGAAAGGAUUGGGAAGUGGAAGAAAGAGAUGAAUAGAUGGAAGCUUGGUUGUGAUGAGAUGUCUAUUAAGAAUUUUAAACAGGCUAAACAAUACUUGGUGGAAACGUAUGCUCAAAGGGAAGUUUUUUUGCGUCAACGAUCCAAACAAAUGUGGCUCCAAGAUGGUGAUAAUAACAACAAGUUUUUUCAUGCCUCAGCUUCGGCAAGACGGCGUACUAAUUCCAUUCAGAAGCUUAAAAAUUUAGCAGGUCAUUUGGUUGAUUGGAACACUGGUUUACCAGAUGUUAUGAAGGAUUAUUUCACUGCUCUUUUUGCUUCUGCUCAAACUGAUUGGUGUGAGGUUACGACUUUAGUGCAAUCUCGUGUUACGACUAUCCAAAAUGAAGAUCUCUUGAGAACUGUUACUCAUGAUGAGGUCCGCAAGGCUCUUUUCCAAAUGCAUCCGGAUAAGUCUUCGGGGCCCGACGAAAUGACUCUUGGUUUCUUUCAAAGGUGUUGUUCUGUGGUGGGUAAUGAUAUUUUCAAUCUUAUUCUUUCAUUCUUUGAAACUGGUUAUUUUUCUCCAAGUUUAAAUGCUACCAACCUUGUCUUGAUUCCUAAGAAGAAGCAUCCUUUAGAUAUGGGGGAUUUUAGGCCGAUUGCUCUUUGUAAUGUUAUUUACAAAAUCAUUUCAAAGGUCAUUGCAAAUAGGCUUAAAGCUAUCCUUCCUUCUAUUAUUUUGGAAACCCAAAGUGCCUUCUUGCAAGGGAGAUUGAUUUCUAAUAAUAUUAUGAUCUCCUGCGAGAUUAUGCACUAUCUUAAGAGGAAAAUAAGAGGGAGAGAUGGGUUCAUGGUUCUACAACUUGAUAUGAGCAAAGCUUACGACAGAUUGGAAUGGGGGUAUCUUAGAGCUAUGCUUGAAAGAAUGGGCUUUGAUGGAAGAUGGAUAAACUUAGUCAUGUGGUGUGUUAGUUUUGUCUCUUUUUCUAUUGUUCAUGGAGGUCAUGAAAUGGGUCCUAUUGAAGCCUCUCGUUGGAUAAGACAAGGAGAUCCGUUAUCGCCAUAUCUUUUUAUUCUUUGUGCGGAAGGAUUUUCAUGCCUCUUACAAAGCUAUGAACAAAGUGGGCUCUUAACGGGUUGUAAGAUAUCUCGACAAGCUCCAACUAUUUCUUACAUAUUGUUUGCGGAUGAUAGUUAUAUUUCUUGUAAAGCAACAGAAGAUGAAGUUUUUAAUAUCAAAAGUUGCUGCUUACGUUUGAAAUGGCUUCAAGCCAGAAUAUUAAUUACAAAAAGUCUUCAGUUUUUUACAGCUGAAAUACUAGUGCUGGAGCUUGAACGACUCAUGGCAAAAAGUUUUGGUGGAGCACGGAUUCUAAUCAAAAUAAAGGUACUAGUUGGAUGCAUGAGUUGGAGUCGUAUGUGUCGUCACAAAGAUGUUGGAGGUUUGGGAUUCAGAGAUUUAAGAGAUUUUAACUUGGCUCUUCUUAGAAAACAGGGUUGGAGGUUAUGGACUCAUGAUUCUUCUUUGGUAGGGCGUGUGUACAGAGCAAGGUACUAUCCUAACAAUUCAUUUUUAAAGGCUGAGUUUGGUUUGGGUUUUUCAAUCUCUAUUCUUAAUGAUCCCUGGCUUUCUGAUGGUAAUCCUUUUGUAAUGUCUGAUCAUCUAGCGUUGUUCAACCAAUCUGUUAGCAACCUCCUUAAAACUGAUUCAAAAACUUGGGAUGAAGAUGUUAUCAAGGACUUAUUCGACACUAGAGAUCAAAAUCUCAUCCUUUCUAUUUUGCUAAGUGACAAUACUAUGGAUGAUAACUGGUGUUGGAAGUUCGAGAAUCAUGGGAGAUACACUCUGCAGAAGAGACAUGUGUCUUUGAACAUUGUUUGCCCUGUUUGUAAUUUGGAAGAUGAGACUAUCUAUAAUGUUCUAGUUGAUUGUUCUUUUACUAGAUCAUGUUGGAAUAGGUCUGUGGUGGAUAUUGGUAAUACAAUGGUUGCUGAUUUUUUCAGUUGGCUUCAGGAGAUUGAAAGUCGUGGGAAGAUAGAAGAAAUGGAAGAGUUGGCUAUGGUGGCUUGGGCGAUUUGGAGGGCUAGAAAUGAAGUCGUCUGGCAGCAGAAGAGUUCGAAUGCUGCUAGCAUUGUAGCAUCUGCUAGAUCUUUCCUGGAUCAAUAUAAGACCGCUCAAGAAAGGAGAGGAAACUCUCUUUCUCAUUUGUUUGAAGAUGGGUAUAAAGCUGAGCAUUGGUUGAAUAGUAGAAAUAAGAUCAAGGUUAACGUGGAUGGAGCAUUGUUCGCUAAUGAAGGACGUUUUGGUAUGGGCUGCCUAGCCAGGGAGUCAGGGACUAUGAAGGUCGUAUGGUUGAAGCUUUCUCCUUGGGAAAGCUUGCUCUGGUUCAACCUGAAGUGA